AUGUUUUGGAGGGAUCCGGAGGGGGGCAAUAAGUGCUUUAUUGUUGCAGUUGAGCACAGGGAUGCUGCUACCGUUGUGCCGCUUGUCCGGCAGUAUAUCCUCUCAGAUACUACUGUUAUGCCGGAUAAGUGGGCAGCUUAUAACGGCAUUCAAGACCUACCUGAAGGGGAGUCGCCUACAUUUUUGGUGGCGGCACCUCGUUUGAAGAGUGUUACAAAAGAAUGCAGUAUGCCUGAAUGGGAAUGA